AUGGUUCGCUGCGACCCUGAGAUGCAGGACUGCAAGGAGGUGGUGUAUCAGUGGACGGGCAAGUGCACGCGGUGCAGCGGCACUGGGUACGUUUCGUUCCGGCGCAAGCGAGGCAAGGACUACACGGGCACGUGCAUCACCUGCUCCGGCAUCGGCUACGUACAGCGAUUCACAGUGCGGGAUAGCAUUCGGAACCCCAACUCGAAGGCAGCUUUUCUGCGUGUGGGAUCAUGGGAUGUGUUCCACCGCAGCAGCUCCGCUCAGGCGGCAGCAGCCCCUCAUCUCCCUUCACCCACAAUCACUUCUUCCCUCCCCCUCUUCCCUUACCAUCCCUUCGACUCCCCUCUCUUUCCCGGCCUCCCUCUUUCCUCUUCCUCCCUCCCUGCUGCUUCCACCACAGCAGCUCAGGCGGCAGCAGCUGCUCAUCUCCCCGCACUGCUGCUGCAGCAGCAUGCUUCGCCACCCACCCAUGGUAUAUCAGACCGCGUGAUCCAAGGCCCCCCACCACCCACACCGAUGGGCCCUGUGAGGCAAUACCUAGGAGCAGCAGGAGCAGCAGGAGCAGCAGGAGCAGCGCCAGCAACACCACCUGCCUCUACACCCUCCUCUCCCACGCCCUCACUCCCUUCCAACGCACUGCCCCUCUCCACCUCCUCCCCGCCCCCGUUCAUCCCCUCGCUUCCUCCUCCCGCCACCCCUAGCACCACCCCUUCCACUCGUCCCGCCACCGGCACACGGCCUAGGGACGAGCGAGGGGGCAUAGCCCUUAUGCCUGUCACGCUGCGCACGAUUUUCCAGGAGGAAAGGGCUGGGAGGAGGGAGGUGAGGGAGGUGACAAGGGUGGCAGAGGCUGCAGCGAUUUCAGCCGGAGGGGGAGGGGGGAAGGGUGUGAGGGAUUGA